AUCAUGCAAUUUCCAUGUGCUUGUUGCCUUUUAAAGGCCCUUUACUUUUUCAUUCUGCCACCAAUUUUCUUUUUGUAUAUACAAAUCAUGCCUUCCACAACCUAUCCUAUGUGUUAAAACUUAAAGCCUAAAACGUUUCUCUCACAAGUCACAAUACACUACUAUCCUGAAUUUCUUGUAAGCAAUGUUACAACCUACCUAAACUCACAGUAAAUUCAAUAACAAAGGUCAAUACUCAAUACUCAAUGGCAUUUGCAUAUGAACCAUUGCAUCUUCUAUUGUUGUUAUACUUCUCAACAUGUUUUUUGUCAUCAACUAGCACCACUUCAUCUGUUAAACCUCAGAGACUAGUCUCAAAACUAAUUCACCCUGGAUCAGUUCACCACCCUCACUACAAGCCAAAUGAAACAACCAAAGACAGAAUGGAACUUGAUGUGCAACACUCAGCUACACGUUUAGCCUACAUAAAAGCAAGGAUAGAAAAUUCUUUGGUCUCUAAUGAGUACACAGCUAGUGCUUUUCCCUCCUCAACAGGUAGAACAAUUCUGGCCAAUAUCUCAAUAGGCCAACCCCCCACGCCACAGCUAGUCAUCAUGGACACUGCCAGUGACAUCUUGUGGGUCAUGUGUGCCCCUUGCUCAAACUGUGAUCACCACUCAGGUCAACUCUUUGACCCCUCAAAGUCUUCCACCUAUUCCCCACUAUGCAACACACCCUGUGACUUCAAGGGCUGCAAAUGUGACCCUUUACCCUUCAGGAUCUCUUAUGUAGAUAGCUCCUCAGCUUCAGGAACAUAUGGCCAUGACAUGGUUCUCUUUGAGACAACUGAUGAAGGUACCUCUCAGAUGUGGGGUGUGCUAUUUGGAUGUGGCCACAACAUUGGAUACAAUAGGGAUCCAGGGUACAAUGGAAUACUAGGACUAAACUAUGCACCUUCAUCUUUGGCAACACAAAUUGGCCAAGGGUUCUCUUACUGCAUAGGCAACCUGGCUGACCAAUAUUACAGUUACAACCAAUUGAUAUUAGGUGAAGGGGCAGAUCUUGAAGGCUAUUCCACCCCUUUUCAAGUGCAUUAUGGCUUUUACUAUGUCACCAUGGAAGGCAUAAGUGUAGGGGAAAGGAGGCUUGACAUUGCUCCAGAAACUUUUGAGAUUAAAGAGGAUGGCACAGGUGGAGCCAUCAUUGACACAGGGUGCACCCUCACCUAUUUAGUUGAUGGUGUGCAUGAGUUACUAUACAGAGAAGUUAGAAAUCUCCUUGGUAAGUCCUUUAGACAAGCUAUAUUUGAGAACACACCGUGGAUGCUGUGCUAUUAUGGCAGUAUAAGUAGAGAUCUAGUUGGGUUUCCAGUGGUUACAUUCCAUUUUUCUGAUGGGGCAGAUUUGGCUUUGGACUCGGGAAGUUUUUUUCAUCAAUUCAAUGAUAAGGUAUUUUGCAUGACUAUAGGUCCAGUCAAUGACCUUGACAACAGAAGCAAGCCUUCAGUUAUUGGAUUGUUGGCUCAACAGAGUUACAACGUGGGAUAUGACCUGGAUAAUCACUUGGUUUACUUUCAAAGAAUUGAUUGUGAACUUCUUAGUGGUUGAAUAUGAUUAUGGAUGCAUUCACAGAUCACAACUCUUGGUCCUCCAAAAUGCAUUGACCAAAUUUCGUUUUUGUGCGUACUAUUAGAGCAAGUCUAAAAGCAUAAUUUGGACACUAUAAGGUAAACAGCAAUGCGUUGUUCUCUCAUAGCAUAUAUAUGUCUAUAAUUAUUUUAAAUUUAACAAGAAUAUGCAAUGCAUUGUGUUCUCAACUGUUUGUCCUCUUUUCCUGUUACAUUUUCACAACUACUAUUACUAUGUUAGCAUCACUGUGUUUGUCACAAUAAAUAGUCAAAACCACAGUACUCAGA